GUACGGGUCGGAUCUUUUCUGCCUUCCCUCUCAGCCAAUCCCCCCUCGUUUGGCUCCUCCUCUUUCCCAUCUAGGGUUUCCUGUCGCUGCUUCCGAUGCAUAUUCUCUGUCUUUAUCGUAUCUCGUUUAUCACGAAGCACGAUUUGAGUGGUCGUCGAUCGUUUCCCUCGAUGCCUGGGCGCACCGUCGACGAUCUCAGCGAGGACCUCUUCGCACCCCCUUUCUUUUCAGCUACCGGCCUGUUCUGAUGUGUGUCCAUGAUGGAUGGACGCGAUCCAAAUGGUGAAGCCAGUGAAGGGGACGACCACGGUCUUCUUCGUUCUCAAAGGAAGGCGUCAUUGUCGCCUCCGAUUCUCGCGCUAGCAUGGGACGAUAUAUUUGAACUUCUAAUUUGACUGUUGCUCGACAUUAUGUAUAUAAGACAUGCUUAAACAUAUCAUUUAUUCCUUGGUGGGACUAUGACUUGUCAACAUGCUUAAAAGUGUGAUGAAAAUAAUCGAGAUCAAUCCAUGUAUGCUCGGUACAAUUGCUGGAGGUGUUGCAGAUUGCCAAUUCUGGCACAGGAAUGAAGGUAUCAAGGCAUUGCUGUUACCUGUCCACACAUAUUUGUCUACAUUGUACAUUUGAUAGUCUGUUUAUACAAUUGUGAUUUCUACCUUAGUUAUGCUGUUAUUUGUCCAUGACUAUUGAAAUUUUGGGUUAUAAUCCAUUAAAUCUUUUAAUGGUCAUCAUUUUCAUCCUGUGAAGUGAUGCGUACAUGAACUGGCAAACAUGAGAAUGAUCUCAGUUGCAGGUGCUUCAAAGCUAUUAGCAAACAUUCUUUACUCUUCAUUGAGGAAUGGGUACUGAACUCUUAUCGCGGAAUGGACCCUUCAGUAGGGACCAUGACUGCUGGAUGGAAUGAAAAGGUGUAAGCUAGUUGUUUGUUUCUUUCUCCUGUUUCCACUUAAGCUGUAUUCCUGGUUCUCUUUGAUUUUAGGGGCGGAUUGUACUAUGUUGACAGUUAAGGUGGAAGGCUCAAGGGAACACACUUUUAAGUUGGCCCAGGAAGUCCAUAUGCUUAUGGUGUUCUGGAUAAUGGGAAGCUGCAGAACUGGCACAGUGGACCAUUUAUCGUGCAACUUUUUGUGAUGGUGCUAGUGGUGGAGUGGCCAGUGGUACAUCUUCAAGACACAAAUGUUACCAUCCGUUCAACCUUGCUGCAGUAGAUGAUUCAGAAUGGAUUGCGUGGGUUCAGAAGCACCAACACAGCCUACACCAACUCAAGAAGAGUUGGAAAGCCAACUUUACAUGCUCCACCGGCAAUGGAUGGCUCAUGAUGCUAAUGAGAGCUACACAGAUCACGGAGAAGACAAGCGUCUCCGGCCAUGACAUUAUAAUAAAGUCGAUCCAGAGCUGGAAACGUGAUCUUUACUCCAUGAACAGCGCACCGCAAGGAAAGCGAGGCACUAACAAAAGUAUACCGCGGGAUCGCAGGAAACUGGAAAAAGGACCAUCACUUUAACAUCCAAAAAAGUAGAGCCCAAGGUAAAGAUAUCACACCGUCUCCACCCGACUACUCUCCGCUCCUCUUCUCGUGGUCUCCUUAAUUACAACACCAAACCAUGCCCCACCCUCCUCUUCCUUCAUAACCUUUGCUUUCCUCAGACUCCCCUUUGCUCCCACGCGUACCACAACCAUCGAUGGCUUAAGAAUAUGUAUGCAACUCUUCUUCUCCACCCUGUCCUAUCGCCACUUCGUCGGAGCAGCAGCAGCAGAGAAUUGAAUGCACUGAGAUUAGAUGAGGAGGAGGAGGUAUCUCUUCACCGUCGUUCUUUUGGUAGUUCAUAUAAUUCAUGUGGCGAGGAGAUGCCCGGCAUUGUCGUCCGACGGGGUCUCCCUUCUCGCCUUCAAGGCUGCGGUAUCCGACGACCCGUGGGCGUUCCUCGCGGGGUGGAGCGAGGAAGACGAGGACCCCUGCCGGUGGCCGGGCGUCUCCUGCGUCAAUUUCACCGGCUUCAUCCACCCCCGCGUCGUCGGCGUCUCCGUCUCCGGCAAGAACCUCACAGGCUACAUCCCCCCCGAGCUUGGCGCGCUCCCUUUUCUCCGCCGCCUCAACCUCCACGGCAACCGCCUCUCUGGCACCAUCCCGCCCCAGCUCUUCAACGCCUACUCCCUCCGCUCGCUCUUCCUCUACGACAACUUCCUCUCCGGCCCCUUCCCCGCUGCCGCCUGCGUCGUGCCACGUCUCCAGAUCCUCGACCUCUCCCAGAACGCCUUCUCAGGACCGCUUCCGCUGGCGUUGCGCGGCUGUCGCCAGCUCCAGCACUUGCUGCUAGAGGAAAACCGAUUUUCCGGCGAAAUCCCCGCCGGGGUCUGGGCGGAGAUGUCGAAGCUCGUCCAGCUUGACCUCUCUUCCAACGAGUUCGAGGGGCCUAUCCCGCCGGACCUUGGCGAGCUCGACUCCCUCGGCGGCACGCUCAACCUCUCGCGCAACCGUCUCUCCGGCGCGAUCCCCAGCGAGCUAGGGAACCUGCCGUCGACAGUCAUCCUUGACCUGCGCUACAACAACCUCUCUGGGGAGAUUCCCGGGGCCGGGUCGCUGGCUAACCAGUACCCGACGGCGUUCCUCGACAACCCGGGGCUGUGCGGGUUCCCGCUCACGAUCACCUGCGAGGGGCCGGUAGGGGCGCCCUCAGCGGCGGAGGAGGAGGAGGGCCGAAGGGGAAUGAAGGCAGGGCUGAUCGCGGUGAUCUCGGUGGCGGACGCGGCCGGGGUGGCGCUGGUGGGGCUGGUGCUGGUGUGCGCGUACUGGAAGGUGAAAAAUCAACAGAAAGGCCGAGCGAAGCUGGGCCACGGCGGCGCAGGACUUGGCCGGCGGUGGUGCUUGUUUCCGUGCGGGGCGGCGAUGGCUGAGAAGAAGGAUGGCACGUCGUCCUCGGAAGAGGAGGAUGAUCAGGGGGGAGGCGUCGAGGGGGAGCUGGUGGCGAUGGACAAGGGUUUCAAGGUGGAGCUGGAGGAGCUGCUUCGGGCGUCGGCGUACGUGCUGGGGAAGGGGGGGAAGGGCAUCGUGUACAAGGUGGUGGUGGGGGAUGGGAUGGCGGUGGCGGUGAGAAGGCUGGGAGAGGGCGUUGGCGGAAAGUACAAGGAGUUCGCGGCGGAGGUGAGGGCGAUGGGGCGGGUGCGGCACCCCAAUGUGGUGCGGCUUCGUGCCUUCUACUGGGCGCCUGACGAGAAGCUGCUCAUCACCGACUUCAUCUCCAACGGCAAUCUCGCCGCCGUUCUUCGCGGCCGGUCGGGGCAGCCGAAUUUGUCGUGGGCGGUGCGGCAGCGCAUCGCCAGGGGCGCCGCCCGCGGCCUCGCCCACCUCCACGACUGUAGCCCCCGCAAGCUCGUCCACGGCGAUCUCAAGCCCUCCAACAUCCUCCUCGACGCCGACUUCAACCCUUACAUCUCCGACUUCGGCCUCCUCCGUCUCCUCCCCCUCACCUCCUCCGCCGCCACCAACCCCACCUCGGCCCCCUCCUACUCCUCCACCGCCGGCCUCUUCGGACCGGUGCCGUCCUCCGUCCAACCCACCCUCCUCGACCGCCCCAACCCCUACCGCGCCCCCGAGAGUCGCGCUACGGGCCACCCGACGCACAAGUCCGACGUGUACUCCUUCGGCGUCGUGCUGCUGGAGAUACUGACCGGUAAGCAGCCGGAGAUGCCGUCCUCUUCGGCGGAGCAGGUGGCGGGGCUAGUGAAGUGGGUUAGGAAGGGGUUCGAGGAGGCGAGGCCGCCGUCGGAGCUGGUGGACCCGGCUUUGCUGCAGGAUGUGCGCGCGAGGGAGGAGGUCGUGGCGGCGUUCCACGUGGCGCUGGCGUGCACGGAGACGGACCCGGACGUGAGGCCGAGGAUGAAGGCGGUGUCGGAAGACCUCGACCGGAUCGGGUCAUGGAGGAAGUGAUCAAGAACACAUAUACCAUCCAGACAAGGAGGAGAAGUGUUCUUGAUCGUAUAUAAUACUAGCAGUAGGGUCAAAAUGUAUUCUUUCCUUUCUGGAGGAGGUGGGAGUGAAAUAAAUAUUGGAGAAGGUGAUGAUGUCUUCCAUCU